AUGGCAGUCAUUGUGCUGGUGGAUCCACUCUCCACGGGAGCUCGGAUGGCAGAAGUCGCAUCGUCUCGUGGUUUUCGGGUGGUCUUGCUGUGGAGUAAAGAAUGCACACCACAGACUCUGGGAGUCCUGGCAAUGAUUCGUGGCUACGAAGCAGUGGAAGAGCAAGCUUCCAUUCCAGAUACUGUCGAGGCCAUCAAAGAUAAGCUGCGUUGCACUAGCAACUCUGCCACAACUGCCAUCAGCGCUUGCAUCCCUGGAACUGAAUCAGGCGUCAAGUUGGCAGACCUUAUUUCCCUCCACUGCAACCUCCUACCCCAUGGCUCGGGGAACGCAGCCUUUGCGGGCGGCGACCGUCGGAACAAACACGUGCAGCAGAAGGCACUGGAGAAGUCUGGGCUAAGGGCGGUUCGUGAAGUGUGUGGCUCCAAGUGGCAGGAUGUGAAGGAUUUCUUGGGGGAUUUAGGGCUUCCAAUUGUGGUGAAACCAGUGCAGUCUGGUGGCACUGAUGGAGUGAAACUUUGCCAGUCGCUGGAGGAAGCAGAGGAACACUUUAGUCACCUGAACGCCACGAAAAGGACAGUGUUCUCCUCCGACACUGCGAUUUUGUGUCAGGAAUUUCUUGCUGGUCAGGAGUAUGUUGUAGACCAUGUCUCACGGAAUGGUGUGCACAAGACUGUAAUGACUUGGGUCUAUGAGAAGAAAGCUUUGAAUGGCAGUUCUUUCAUCUGUUUGGCCACCCGACCCCUGGAGACGAAGGAUUGUCCGCCAGAGAUUAUCUCAUAUACUCGUGCAGUGCUUGAUGCGUUGCAGGUUGGCAAUGGCGCAACUCAUGCCGAGGUCAAGAUGACUCCUGAUGGUCCUUGUCUCGUAGAAGUGAACAUGCGCAUGAUGGGUGCCAGCGGCGCGUUCAUUUCUUUGGCACGCUUGCUAACAGGCACCUCUCAUGCAGAUGCAACUCUUGACUCCCUGAGUCAAGAGCGUUUUGACGCACUCCCUGAUAUUCCCAGAGCCUUCGGCACUUCAGGUGUGAUGAUAUCGUUGGUGUCCUACUCAGCGGGCACAGUGACAAGCACACCGGGCUAUGAGAGGAUGAAGAAGCUGGCUACAUUUGUGGAAUUGCACACUUCGAUUUCAUGUGGAUCUGCAGUUGCCGCGACUGUCGACGCUGUCACGAUUGCCGGCCUUUUACUGCUGGCUGGCUCAGAUGACCAGAUCCGGGAAGAUGUUGCGGAGGUGCGACUUCUCGAGAAAGAAGGUCUUUUCUGCUUCGCUGAUGUGGCCAAAGGGUUUACAUUUGGUGGGGCGUAG